AUGGAUGUGAAUUUGUCACAAGGUGGUGUUGGAAAUUCUUUUGGUGGAUUUGAUUUACCUGGAUCAAUUCAUGUUCAUCAUCAAGCACAUCAUCCUCACACCAUUCAUCAGCAUCAACCUCAACCGCAUGCGCGUCAAGGGUCUUUGCUACAUUCAUCGGUUCAUGAUGGGUUUUCUCUCUUACAGAACUGUGAUCAAACUGUUUCGAUGACGGAUUACAGUAAGGGAGAGAGAAGCAAAAGCUCGACUAGUGAUGAGGAUGAGCCGAGUUUUAAUGAGGAUGGUUUAGAGAGUCAACAAGAAGGGGGUAGAGGGAAAAAGGGACCGUCUUCGCCUUGGCAGCGUGUGAAGUGGACUGAUAAGAUGGUGAGGCUUAUGAUAACUGCUGUUUCGUAUAUAGGUGAGGAUAUAACUUCUGAUGGUGGUGGAAAUGGAAGAAGGAAAUUUACGGUUUUACAGAAAAAGGGUAAGUGGAAAUCUGUAUCGAAGGUUAUGGCUGAAAGAGGUUAUCAUGUUUCGCCGCAACAAUGCGAGGAUAAGUUCAAUGAUCUUAAUAAAAGGUAUAAAAAGCUUAAUGAUAUGUUAGGGAGAGGAACUUCUUGUGAGGUUGUUGAGAAUCCGUCACUCUUGGGUGUUAUUAAUUUUCUAUCUGAGAAAGAAAAGGAUGAUGUUCGGAAAAUAUUAAGCUCGAAACACUUGUUUUAUGAAGAGAUGUGUUCUUAUCAUAAUAGUAAUAGGUUGCAUUUGCCGCAUGAUCCUGCAUUGCAAUGUUCGAUGCAGUUAGCUCUCCGAAAUAGGGAUGAUCACGAUCAUGAUAAUGAUGAUGUCAGAAUGUCCCAUGUCGAGGAUCAUGAUGAUGAUGAGCAAGAUGUUGAGAUUGAGGAACGCGAUGAUUCUAAAGUGCACUGUGCUUCCCGCGAUGGUUAUACGAAGAACUUGAAACAAAUCCAAGGCCAAGAAGAUGGGAACAUUCUUGGUAAUACUUCAAAUUGUCAAGAUCAUUUCAACCAAGGUUCACAUCCACACGGGCAAACGACUCAUUCUGACGGUAACCAAGUUUUACCUGAAAACACGAGAGGAGCAUGGUUACAGAAGCAAUGGGUUGACAUGCGCCAAGUUCAAUUAGAAGAGCAAAAGCUACAAAUUCAGGCGGAGACGUUGGAAUUAGAGAAACAAAGGUUCAAGUGGCAGAGAUUUAGUGAAAAAAAGGACCGGGAAUUGGAGAAGAUGAGUCUAGAAAAUGAAAGAAUGAAGCUUGAAAAUGAACGCAUGGCUUUAGAAUUGAAGCGAAAGGAAAUGGGAAUCAACUUUAACUAG